AUGAGUGAGCAACGCGGCUCGAGUGCCUUCGAAGGAUCCUCAGACUGUACUGGUCUCUCGAAGAAUCAACAUACCGAUGAGAGAAGACCGUCAUGGCGUGGCAGAGGCUCAGAAAGCCCUGGUCUACGACGCAAAUCUUCAGAAAGAAGAAGGUCAAUCGAGAGAGCUCCAGACCAUAGACACUGGUGGAAGUUUACCCUGAGGUCUUGGGAUGAUGACCAAAAACAGGAUUGGUGGUUCGCUGGCACUGCAAUCCCACUCCUCGCUGCGACUAUGGNNUUAAUUGGUAUUGAAGCAUCUAUGAUCCAGUACGUGCCGCCUCAGCGGCCUCAACAAAGCUACACGCAAGGCUUUUGGUAUGCCGUUAUUGCUGCAAUCUUCUAUCUGAUUUGCUCGAUGCUGCUUAUGGUCAACAUGCUUGGAUAUUUCCUCGGGCAUUACCCACAACGAUUCAAUCUCACAGACUCUCAUCGUACGCUUAUCCUACAGACCAUGUUAUUCUUUGUAUGGCUCGCUGGAGGCGCUGGUGUGUUCUCGCUGGUCGAGAGCAAGUACGGACAGGAUUUAUUCAACUGGUCUUACGUCAAUGCACUGUACUUUUGUCAGGUGACUGUACUGACCAUCGGCUUCGGCGACUUGUAUGCAACAAGUAAUAUUGGCCGAGGGCUAGUCAUGCCUUACGCCGUGNGGGGCAUCAUUAUGCUUGGUCUGAUAGUGACCAGUCUUACAACGUUUGCGGCCGAGCUUGGAGAAGACAACAUAGUCCAGAAGCAUAUUGAGAGGAGCCGUACUCGGACGAUUGGGAGAUCAUUCACAAGCUCGAUCGAGCUUAGAGAACGCGAAGAACUAGCAUUGGGCCUGAGACCGACGAUUUCGAGGCCUUUCGAUCCGGUAAACCGCAGUAUUGUGUUUGCAGAAGAUGCUCCACAAUCAAAAGACAACGAUUCAAAUCAAGACCAGGGACCUUUCAGCGCUUUAAGACGCACUGCAACGAUACCAUUGACCGUGCUCCGGCCAGCUCGUAAGCCUCGUCUUUUGCUCCUUCGCGAAGAAAAAGACCGCUUCAACGCGAUGCGACGCAUACAACAAAAGACUCAGAAAUGGAAGAAAUGGUCCGGUCUUUGUAUUUCAGUCUCGGCAUUUUCGAUUCUUUGGUGCAUUGGUGCCUUGAUUUUCUGGAUCGCCGAGCGCCGUGUCCAGGGCAUCACCUAUUUCCAGUCGCUUUACCUCUGCUGGGUCUCACUGCUCACAAUCGGAUAUGGCGACCUCGCUCCGAAAUCAAAUGCUGGUCGUCCCUUCUUCGUGGUCUGGAGUCUUAUCGCUGUUCCGACGAUGACGCUUCUAGUCGCCGACAUGUCGACCACCAUUGUCAACAGCUUCAACCAAGGCACUUUCCGUCUAGCCGACUUUACCAUCCUACCCAAACAUGGCAUCUGGCGCACAUGGUUAGAAGAACACAAGGAGCGCAAAGCCAUCCAGCGCCGCCUGGAACGAGGCUUUGAGACCGGUGUCAAAGAGGAUGAACCCACUAUCGACAAUCUAGCCAAAGAAGAGGGUAGCAAAGCGCCCAGUGAUGGCGAGCUGGCUAGAAGAUUAGCACACGCCAUCCAACACGUAGCCCAAGACUUGAAGCAGGACCCACCACGAUCUUACACCUACGAAGAGUGGGUAAAAUUCACGCAGUUGAUCCGCUUCACGGCUAUAGGAGACAGAGGAGAAGGCGGGAAUAGGUACGAAGCUGAUGAAGAUGGCAUGAUCGAAUGGGAUUGGAUUGGCGAGCAUAGUCCGCUCAUGGCGCAGCAAAGCGAAGCGGCAUUCGUGCUGGACAGAUUGUGUGAGAGUAUGACGAGAUAUGUCAGGAAGAUGGAAGCCAUUUACCGUCCUGAAGGUGUUGGGAAGAAAGAAGAGGACAGAGAUACUCGGCGGCAAUCACUCGAAAUUGACGAGAUCAACGAGGAGAUUGCGGAAGCUUGA